UGGGUGUCUGUGCCGUUGGAAGCGACUGCAGUGUGUUUCCAUGCAGACGGUACAGUGGGAAAGCUUCCUCUAGCUAAUGGAUGGCUGUUCUCUUUAUUUGGAGUAUCUUACUGGUUAUGUAAGCGACCUCGGGAGAAAUUAUCCUGACCCAGAUCGGAGGAUGCAGUAGUGCUUCAGUUGCAGGAUUUCUUCGAAUCGUUAACACCACAGUGCUGAUGACAAAGAGCAAGUUGUAAUCCUCAUCAUUGCCAGGGCUGAGCCGGGCAGACAGAAAAAUCGUCAUUUGCUGCUCAGAGGCUUGUAGGUUACAGCCUCUGCUCGGGUUUGUGGUCUUGGCUUAUACAAUGACGGCGGUGCAAGUGAGCUCCGAAAUGCUUAGUUUGAAAGCCAUUUGCCUGUGAUUGUUUUUGAAGACUAAAGAAGUAUUUAUGCUUGAUUAAAAAGUACAGCUCAAGAACAGAAUGAAUGUCAGCUAUAGUUACUGACCUUUAAAGCCUUGGCUUGGAUUGCUGAGAUUUAAAGAUACUUUAAAAUUCUCAGGAACUAAGUACGACCUUCAAACCAUUGGUUGAAAAUAGUAUACCUAGUUCGAUCACUGCAGUAGAAUUUCUUAUAGAUAAGCAACUGGAUUUUUUAACAGAAGAUAGUGCCUUUCAGCCAUACCAGGACGACAUUGACAGCCUAAAGCCUGUACUCAGGGACAACCCACAGCUGCAUGCAGAAGUGAAAGUCUGGGUGAAGGAACAGAAGGUUCAGGAGAUUUUUAUGCAAGGUCCUUAUUCUUUAAAUGGAUACAGAGUGAGAGUAUAUAGACAAGAUUCUGCCACCCAGUGGUUUACUGGCAUAAUUACUCAUCAUGAUCUCUUCACCCGCACCAUGAUCGUUAUGAAUGAUCAGGUACUAGAACCACAGAAUGUCGAUCCUUCUAUGGUUCAAAUGACCUUUCUAGAUGAUGUCGUUCACUCUUUGUUAAAAGGUGAAAAUAUUGGCAUUACAUCACGACGCAGGUCUCGUGCCACUCAUAAUACCAACACUGUUCACGGUCAUUAUACACGUGCUCAAGCAAAUAGUCCCAGACCAGCAAUGAACUCUCAAGCUGCUGUACCAAAACAGAACACACACCAGCAACAGCAACAAAGAAAUAUUCGUCCAAAUAAGAGAAAGGGCUCAGAUAGCAGUAUACCUGAUGAAGAGAAGAUGAAGGAAGAAAAAUAUGAUUAUAUAUCACGAGGAGAAAAUCCUAAAGGUAAAAACAAACACGUGGUGAGUAAAAGAAGGAAGCCCGAGGAGGAGGAGAAGAGAGCUAACACGAAGAGGCUUCGGACUGACAACACUUCAGAUGUUUCUGAGAGCAGUGACUCAGAAAAUUCAAAUAAGAGAGUAAGUGAGAAUUCCUCUGAGCACACACCAGAGCAUGAGCUGAAAACUAAAGUCACCUCAAAGGUAAAUGGAGCAGAGGGAAAAUCCCAGAUUGUUGAGAAGACAGGAGGAGAGACCUUAAUGGACACUCAGCCUCGCUGGGAUCAGAUGCAAGAAGAUAAAACCCGUGAAGAAGGGGAGAAGCUGAAGUCCAUGGACAGCCACAUUCAAGAAAAAAUGACUGUCCGUUCAUCAGAGCAGGCUACAGUUGCUGACCAUAAUCCUAAUGAUUCAGUUCUUCAAGAAUGCAAUAUGGAAAACACGCGCACAGUGGAAUUAUUACCAAAGGAAAAGUUAGUAUCCAGAACACCGACACCCAAAUGUGCUGUGGAUAUCAAAAAUGACACCCAUCCAGAGAGGGUGGCUCAGGAAAACUCAAAUACGUUUGGCCUCCAGACACUUGAGAACAUGGAUCCUAAUGUCAGUGAUUCUAAACAUUCUCAUACUAAAUACCUAGAAACAGCAAAGCAAGAUUCUGACCAAAGCUGGGUCAGUGAUAUAGUGAAAGUGGAUUUAACUCAAUCAAGUGUUAUAAAUACUUCUUCAGGAAAUGAUCACCGAGAUGUGGAUAAAGAGAGAAAUCACUAUGUCUCUUACAUGUCUUCAUUAAGUACAGUUUCUGUCACAGAGGAUCAGCUACAUAAGAGAAGUCCACCCCCAGAAACUAUAAAAUCUAAAUUAACUACUUCAGUAGAUACUCAGAAGACAAAAUCCAAUUCUUCUCCUGAAGUUGUUAAACCCAAGAUUACUCAUUCUCCUGAUUCUGUAAAGUCUAAGGCUCCUUACGUGAAUAGUCAAGCUGCUGGUGAGAGGAGGCUGGCAAGUAAAAUAGAGCAUGAGUUGUCCAGGUGUACUUUUCACCCAGUUCCUACUCGAAGUGGUGCUCUGGAAACUACGAAGAGCCCUCUAAUCAUUGACAAAAACGAGCACUUCACAGUUUAUAGAGAUCCUGCUCUUAUUGGAUCAGAAACAGGAACUAAUCACAUUUCACCAUUUUUGAGCCAGCAUCAUUUCCCUCUUCCUUCGUCAUCCCAUAGAACCUGUUUAAACCCAGGUACCCAUCACCCUGCCUUAACACCAGGAUCCCACUUACUAGCUGGGUCAUCUAGUCAAACUCCAUUACCUACCCUUAACACUCACCCUCUCACUAGUGGUCCACACCAUUCUGUCCAUCAUCCUCAUUUACUUCCCACUGUGUUACCUGGAGUGCCUACUGCCUCCUUACUUGGUGGCCACCCACGCCUAGAGAGUGCGCAUGCCAGCAGCUUGAGCCAUUUAGCGCUAGCACACCAGCAGCAGCAACAGUUGUUACAACACCAGUCACCUCAUCUUCUUGGACAAGCCCAUCCUUCUGCUUCAUAUAAUCAGCUUGGACUUUAUCCAAUUAUUUGGCAAUAUCCAAAUGGAGCACAUGCAUACUCAGGACUUGGUCUACCUUCUUCUAAGUGGGUUCACCCAGAAAAUGCAGUUAAUACUGAAGCUUCAUUAAGGAGGAAUUCUCCCAGUCCUUGGUUACAUCAACCUACUCCUGUGACCUCAACAGAUGGUAUUGGAUUACUUACUCACAUUCCUGUCAGACCUUCUAGUGCAGAGCCUCAUCGACCUCAUAAAAUGACAGUGCAUUCCAGUUCACCAGUGGCAAAAACCUUAGUAGAUCACCACAAAGAAGAAUUGGAGAGGAAAGCUUUCAUGGAACCAUUACGGUGUAAUGCAUCCACAUCAAUGAAAAGUGACCUGGAUCUUAAUAGGUCACAGGGAGGAAAGGAUUGUCACUUGCAUAGGCAUUUUGUGGGUCCGAGGCCACCUCAGGAGACUGGAGAGAGACUGAACAAAUACAAGGAGGAACAUCGUCGGAUUCUUCAAGAGAGUAUUGAUGUUGCCCCUUUUACAACAAAAAUCAAGGGGCCUGAGGUUGAAAGAGAGAAUUACUCCAGGGUAGCACCAUCAUCUUCUAGUCCUAAAAGCCAUGCCAUCAAACAAGAUAAAGAUGUGGAACGCUCAGUAUCAGAGCUUUAUAAGAUGAAGCACUCAGUGCCUCAGAGUUUGCCCCAAAGUAACUAUUUCACUACAUUAUCUAAUAGUGUGGUCAAUGAACCACCAAGGUCCUACCCAUCCAAAGAAGUUUCAAAUAUUUACACUGAAAAACAGAAUAAUAACCUUUCUGCAGCAGCCAAUCCGCAAUCUCUUUCAUUUAUACCAUCUCUUUCAAAGCCUCCACCUUUGAUUAAACACCAGCCAGAAAGUGAAACUUUAGUAAGCAAGAUACCAGACCAUCUUUCCCAUCAGAUUGCAUCUCACUCGGUAACAACGUUCAGAAGUGAUUGUAGAAGUCCCACCCAUUUGACUGUCUCUUCUACAAAUGCACUUCGCAGUAUGCCUGCUUUGCAUAGGGCCCCAGUAUUCCACCCACCAAUCCAUCACAGUUUGGAAAGAAAGGAAAGUAGCUACAGUAGCCUUUCCCCUCCAACUCUGACCCCAGUGAUGCCGGUGAACGCUGGCACCAAAGUUCAAGAAUCCCAGAAGCCUCCAACUCUAAUUCCUGAGCCAAAAGACUCCCAAGCAAAUUUUAAGAGUUCUGCUGAUCAGAAUUUAACAGAAAUGUGGAAGUCUAACAACAACCUCAGCAAGGAGAAGGCUGAGUGGCCUGUGGAAAAAAGCAGUGGAAAGUCACAGGCUGCCGUGGCAUCUGUCAUUGUCCGUCCACCAUCUAGUACAAAAGUUGAUAGUGUCCCAUCAGUACCAUUAGCUUCCAAAGAUAGAGUUUGUGAAAGAUCUUCAUCUGGGGCAAGUAAAACAGAUUACCUCAAACCAGAAUCCGGAGAGACUGGAAGAGUCAUUCUGCCAAAUGUGAAUUUAGAAAAUGCUCAUGUAAAAUCUGAAAAAAAUGUUGAGGCUGUCUCCCAGGGCAGUGUUCCUGUUUCAGUCAUGUCUGCUGUAAAUGUGGUCUGUAAUACCAAAACAGAUGUAUUCACAUCUGCUGCCAUUACCACCAGUGUUUCCAGCUUGGGUGGUUCAGAAACAGUUUAUUCUUUAUCAAAUACCAUUUUGGCCUCUACAUCCUUAGAAUGUACUUCAAAAAGUGUUACUCAAGCAGUGGCCCAAACAAAGGAAUGCAAAGUCAGCACCCCGGGGCCAGUCACUGUGGCCUGUAGUAAGACAGGGAGUGGUGGUCAGCCUAGCUCUGGCUUCUCAGGCACAACUGAUUUUAUUCAUUUAAAAAAGCACAAGGCAGCAUUGGCUGCAGCUCAGUAUAAAAAUAGUAAUGUCAGUGAGGCUGAACUUAAUACUGUGAGAAAUCAGACAGCAGCAGCCUCUUUUCCCCUGGAUAACACCAUGAUUUGUGGUGCAAGUAACAAAGCAAUCUCUGUAGGAAAUGGGCCAGCAGCCCAGACCAGUCAGCCCAACUACCACACUAAACUGAAGAAGGCCUGGCUUACCAGACAUUCAGAAGAAGAUAAAAAUACUAAUAAAAUGGAAAAUUCAGGGAAUUCUGUAUCAGAAAUUAUUAAGCCAUGUUCUGUCAAUUUAAUAGCUUCUACAUCUAAUGAUAUACAAAAUAGUGUAGAUAGCAGAGUCACGGGAGAUAAGUGUGGAAGGGAUGAUAAAGCCAGCAGGAGAAAAACCAAAAGAACUUACGAAUCUGGCUCUGAAAGUGGAGACUCGGAUGAAAGUGAGAGCAAGUCGGAGCAGAGGACUAAGCGGCAGCCUAAGCCAACUUAUAAAAAGAAGCAGAACGAUCUACAGAGAAGGAAAGGCGAGAAUGAGGAAGACGUGAAACCCAAUGGCGUUCUCAGCAGGAGUGCCAAGGAGAAAAGUAAGCUGAAGUUGCAGAGCAGUAAUAGUGCUGGUAUUCCUCGUUCAGUGCUGAAAGACUGGCGAAAGGUCAGAAAGCUGAAGCAAACCGGAGAGUCCUUUCUGCAAGACGAUUCUUGCUGUGAGAUAGGGCCCAACUUACAGAAGUGCCGGGAGUGCAGGCUCGUCCGCAGUAAGAGAGGGGAAGAGUCGGCCCACUCGCCAGUGUUUUGUAGAUUCUACUACUUUAGGAGAUUGUCAUUUAGUAAGAAUGGAGUGGUCAGGAUAGAUGGUUUCUCUUCUCCUGACCAAUAUGAUGAUGAAGCCAUGAGUUUAUGGACACAUGAAAAUUAUGAAGAUGAUGAAAUAGAUGUUGAAACCUCUAAAUAUAUCUUGGAUAUAAUAGGUGAUAAGUUCUGUCAAUUAGUAACAUCUGAGAAAACAGCUUUGUCCUGGGUGAAAAAAGAUGCCAAAAUUGCCUGGAAAAGAGCAGUGCGAGGUGUCCGGGAGAUGUGUGAUGCGUGUGAAGCGACGCUGUUUAAUGUCCACUGGGUCUGCCGCAAGUGUGGGUUCGUGGCUUGCUUGGAUUGUUACAAGGCCAAGGAGAGGAAGAGUUCUAGAGAUAAAGAGUUGUAUGCUUGGAUGAAGUGUGUGAAAGGACAGCCUCACGAUCAUAAACAUUUAAUGCCAACUCAAAUUAUACCUGGUUCUGUGUUGACAGAUCUUCUUGAUGCCAUGCACGUACUUAGGGAAAAAUACGGUAUUAAAUCCCAUUGUCACUGUACUAACAAACAGAACAUACAAGCUGGAAAUUUUCCUACAAUAAAUGGUGUGUCUCAAGUUUUACAGAAUGUUCUUAACCACAGUAAUAAAAGUUCUCUGUGCGUGCCCGAGUCUCAGCAGCAGACCACUCCCCAGAAAUCUCAGAGUAAUGGCGAUAGCAGCCCUGGAAGUGUAAGCACAGACAGCAGGUUGACCCCUCCAGAGUCCCAGUCACCGCUGCAUUGGCUAGCUGAUCUUGCUGAACAAAAAGCCAGAGAGGAAAAACAAGAAAACAAUGAAUUUGCUCUUGAAAAGGAAAUUAAAGAAGAGGGAGAACAAGAUGCCUCUGACUCUCCAAAUGACAGUGCAUCACCUCCAGCUUCCCAGAACAACGAACAAGGUUCAACCCUGCGUGAUUUACUGACUACUACAGCUGGCAAGCUUCGAGUGGGCUCCACAGACGCUGGCAUUGCCUUUGCUCCAGUGUAUUCGAUGGGAGCCUCAAGUGGCAAAAGUGGACGGACUAUGCCUAACAUUCUUGAUGACAUCAUUGCUUCAGUUGUUGAAAACAAAAUUCCACCAAAUAAAGCUGCCAAGAUAAAUGUAAAAUCAGAGCCUAAUGAAGACCCUAAAGAAAGCCGAAAAUCUGCCAUGAAUGAAAGCAAUAAAUUAUAUAGUGAUAUACCACAUUCUUGGAUCUGUGACCAGCAUAUUAUAUGGCUUAAGGAUUAUAAGAAUAGUAAUAACUGGAAACUUUUCAAAGAGUGUUGGAAACAAGGACAGCCUGCAGUGGUUUCCGGUGUGCAUAAGAAAAUGAACAUGAGCUUGUGGAAGGCAGAGUCAAUUAGUCUGGAUUUUGGAGACCACCAAGCUGAUCUCCUGAACUGCAAAGACAGCAUUAUUUCAAAUGCCAACGUUAAGGAGUUCUGGGAUGGUUUUGAAGAAAUUUCAAAACGGCAGAAAAACAAAAGUGGAGAAACAGUUGUUUUAAAGUUGAAAGACUGCCCAUCUGGAGAAGACUUCAAGACCAUGAUGCCAGCAAGAUAUGAAGACUUUUUGAGAAGUCUGCCGUUGCCAGAAUAUUGCAACCCAGAAGGGAAGUUCAAUUUGGCCUCCCAUUUGCCAGGGUUUUUUGUGCGCCCUGAUCUAGGACCCAGGUUGUGCAGUGCCUAUGGUGUUGCUGCUGCUAAGGAUCAUGAUAUAGGAACCACAAAUCUCCACGUUGAAGCUUCUGAUGUUGUAAAUAUUCUGGUCUAUGUUGGUGUAGCAAAAGGAAAUGGUGUCCUCUCAAAAGCAGGAAUACUUAAGAAAUUUGAAGAAGAAGAAUUGGAUGAUGUUUUAAGGAAAAGAUUAAAGGAUUCGAGUGAACUGCCUGGUGCUCUGUGGCAUAUUUAUGCUGGAAAAGAUCUUGACAAGAUAAGGGAAUUUCUUCAAAAGAUUUCAAAAGAACAAGGCCUUGAAGUUCUGCCUGAGCAUGAUCCAAUCCGGGACCAAAGCUGGUAUGUGAAUAGAAAGCUCCGCCAGAGGCUGCUUGAGGAACACGGAGUGAGAGCCUGCACUCUGAUUCAGUUUCUUGGUGAUGCCAUCGUUUUGCCAGCAGGAACACUUCAUCAGGUACAGAAUUUUCACAGCUGUAUUCAGGUAACUGAAGACUUUGUCUCCCCAGAACAUCUUGUACAGUCAUUCCACUUAACACAGGAACUGAGGCUUUUGAAAGAGGAAAUCAAUUAUGAUGAUAAACUACAGGUUAAGAAUAUCUUAUAUCAUGCAGUCAAAGAGAUGGUGAGAACUUUGAAGAUGCAUGAAGAUGAAGUAGAGGAUAUGGAGGACACUUAGGUGUGGUUGGAACCCCUUGAGUGACAAUAGGUCUGACUCGAGCUCCAUUAAACCAUCAGUGCCAAGAAAUUCUCUUUGUAGUAAUUACUUGCUACUGACACCAUACCAGUAUAGCAUUAUGUCACGGCCCCUGUGAUUCAGUGCUAGCUAUAAAACAAGCUAAACUUAAAAGGCAGCCCAGUACAGCUGCCCCUGUAUCAUAGUGUAUAUGAUGUUUGUGAAGAUGCCAGAUUUAAAAUGAUGUAUUUAUUUUUGGUAAAAAACAAAACAAAAAAAUCUAUGCUAUAUUGUUGAUCAAGUGUAAAUGUGCUCUUGUACAGUUUAAUAAAAUAACUGAUAUUUUUCACUACAUUGAGACAGUUACUGUGAGACUAGGACAUAAACACCAGCUGUUGCCUGCGUUUGGAAAAUUGCUGGAUUGCACAGCAGUCAUGUCAUAAUCAGAAAAUUACUGCCAAAUAAUUGUAAAAUGUGUAAAAUAGAAAGUAUAUAAAGUAGAUACUAAACUCAGACACUUCAAUAUUUUGUUGAAGCUAUUGACUGUACAAUUAAACAUUUUCAAAAGGUGUAAUUUAUUUAAAAUUGUCUCAUUUUGGUAAAAUUUAUGUGAAGUUUUAAAGCUAAAUAUUAAACUUAAUGUGCUAUGUAAAUAUAUACAUAUAUACAUUUAAGGAUGUAUUUUUUUAAAACAUUGGCUUGCUUUUGUUAAAGUGCAAGUGUUACAUAUGGCUUUGUACAUUACAGUUGAAAGGGGUUUUACAUUUUCCAUUAAAAGACUUUAUCAAGAA